GUUGAACUUUUCCCCUUUUAUCAUUUCUUCAUUUCAACUGCGUCUUCAAAGGCGCUUGAUGGCUGCGCUCUCUGAUACAACAUGGACAGACCGUCUAAACUCUAACAAGAUGUACAAGGGCGCCACGACAAAAAUCCAGAUCCCUCACCGAAAUGUGCGGAACAAUAUUGGCGGGCGGCCAGACAAAGGGGGAAGGGCCUCCGACGCGCCACUCGUGGAGAAAGAUGCUACGCGAGAUAAUGAAAUCAGGAGGGUUCCAGCAGAGAAUCCUAUGACUCCUGAAUCUCCCGCUAGUACACAUCAGCUUAGGCAGAACAAGCGACCAUCGUUUGUGGAGCAAUUUUAUUCUCUAUACAAUGCCGGGCCUGGUGAAGAUCGAAAUGAGUGGCUCACCAAGCUGCGUAAUUUGUUCCUUGGGAUGACGCCCGAGCGGCAAGAGGAGCUAGUCCAGAGUCAUUCCACGGAAACGAAAUGGAUUCAAACAUGGUGUGGGAUGGUAUUUCUGAGCAUCAGAAAGGCGCCGAAACGAGUACUGUUCAACGAUCAAGUUUGCGGCGUGAGACUCAAGCAUUGGGACCUGGUUCCAAUCCAAGCAUACGAACCCUGCCAGAAUUGUGUUGUAGCGGGUUUGGUGUGCGAAUAUGGGAAUCGUAAAACGACUCGCUGCUGCAGGGAGUGUCGUCUUCAAAAGAUGAUGUGUCAAAAAUUGCCCCUGGAUGAUCCCAGCGAUGAUGAGAACGAAAUGGAAAACGGGGAUGUCGAAACGAGUACUGGGACUGGAGAACGAUCGUCGCCUACGGCAGACAAAGUAACCAGCCCAUCCUCGCAAACUUUGUUGUCUAGGAAUAGACGAGGCAGGAGGCCGAUCGCUCACACUACAUUCUUGAACAUCUACGGUUCAGGCUGCGAACCCAGUGAAAAAAAUCAGUGGUUCAAGGAGAUGUUCGAUGCAUACACAGAACUGACUCCGAAGCAACAAGAAGAUGUUGCCAAUAUCUGUGGAAAGCAUGACAGAAAGAAAUGGGUGCAAGUUUUAGCAGGGAUCAUACACGUCAACAUUCGAGCGAGGGAGGAGCGGCCACUGGAGGGAACCACUGUCCUCAACGCAGAUAUCUCUAGCUGGGAUAUUCACCCUACCUACAAUGAGAUUGCAAAGGCUGUGCAGCUGAUGGAAUUAGUUGCGAAUGUGCCAGUCUGAAGGUAAAUCGUUUGGGAUGCAGGGAAUGCCUCAUCUUAGGCCGGGAGUGUGUGGACUUUCACAGACCGGAGCCAACCGCGCGUUUGCAUAGACGAACGCGAAAAAGUCACGACGAAAAAGAAACUCCUGCGACUGAGGAACAGUCUGUACCAAAGAGAUUCACGGCACGUCUUCGGUCUGCAAAGAAUCAUAUCGAUGAAGUCAAGACAAUACCAUCUUCGAAACCCCA